AGGCAGGCGCCGCGCCCCGGAGCCCCAACAUGCGACAUGGCGGCAGCGAUGGAGACUGAACAGGCCGGCCUGGAGAUCUUUGAGACGUCCGAUCUCAAGGAGAAUGCGGCCUUGGAAGAGAAGGCGAAGCUGGAUGCGUAUUAUGUGGAGCGGCAUUCCUGGAGCCAGCUGAAGAAGUUGCUGGCGGAUACCCGGAAGCACCACAGCGGCCUGAUGGCCAAGGCGCCCCAUGACUUCACCUUCGUGAAGCGCAAUGAUCCCGAAUGCCCUCACUCGGAUCGGGUCUAUUACCUCGCAAUGUCCAGUGAGAACCGGGAAAAUACAUUGUUCUAUUCUGAAAUCCCCAAAACUAUAAACAAGAGUGCCGUGCUUAUGCUUUCCUGGAAGCCCCUCUUGGAUCUCUUUCAGGCUGGCUUAGAUUAUGGGAUGUACUCCCGCGAGGAGGAAUUGCUGCGGGAAAGGAAGCGGAUCGGGACAGUGGGGAUCGCAUCGUACGAUUACCACCGGGAAAGCGGCACGUUUCUCUUCCAAGCCGGCAGUGGGAUUUAUCACGUGAAAGACGGCGGCCCUGGCGGGUUUACGACCCAGCCCCUGCGGCCCAAUUUGGUGGAGACGAGCUGUCCCAACAUACGGAUGGACCCCAAGUUGUGUCCAGCUGACCCCAACUGGAUUGCAUUUAUCCAUAGCAAUGACAUCUGGAUCUCUAAUCUAGCAACCAGGGAAGAAAGGAGGCUGACAUUUGUACACAAAGAAUUUGCCAACGUCGAAGAUGACCCCAAAUCUGCCGGAGUUGCCACGUUCGUGCUGCAGGAGGAAUUUGACAGGUACACCGGUUACUGGUGGUGCCCGACUGCAGAGCCAACCGUUGGCGGAGGCAAAAUCCUUAGAAUUCUGUAUGAAGAAAAUGAUGAGUCGGAGGUGGAAAUCAUUCACGUCACAUCCCCCAUGCUGGAGACGAGGAGGACAGAUGCUUUUCGCUAUCCCAAAACAGGCACUGCUAACCCCAAAGUCACUUUCAAAUUAUCUGAAAUAUCUGUUGCUGCUGAUGGAAGUAUUUCGGACGUUGUGGAUAAAGAGCUAGUGCAGCCAUUCGAGGUCCUCUUUGAAGGUGUGGAGUAUAUCGCCAGAGCGGGAUGGACCGUGGAGGGCAAAUACGCGUGGGCCAUCUUCCUUGACCGCUCCCAGACGAGGCUCCAGAUCACGCUGCUCCCCCCGGCUUUAUUUAUACCCGUGGAAGACGAUGCCAUGGACCGGCAGCAGCUGAUCGACGCCGUGCCGGAUUCCAUCACGCCCUUGAUCAUUUACGAAGAGACGACCGAUAUCUGGAUAAACAUCCACGAUAUCUUCCACAUUUUCCCCCAGACCCAGGAGGACGUGAUUGAGUUCAUCUUUGCCUCUGAGUGCAAAACGGGCUUCCGGCACCUCUACAAAAUCGCAACGCUGCUGAAGGACAGCCGAUACAAACGGUCGUGUGGAGGACUCCCUGCGCCAAACGAUUUCCUGUGUCCCAUCAAAAAGGAGCUGGCGAUUACCAGCGGGGAGUGGGAAGUACUCGGCCGACACGGUUCCAACAUCCGGGUGGAUGAAGCUAAAAAAAUGGUAUAUUUUGAAGGUACGAAGGACUCCCCCUUGGAACACCACCUGUAUGUCGUUAGCUACAAGUACCCCGGAGAGGUGAAGCGGCUGACGGAUCGGAGCUUCUCGCACUCAUGCAGUGUCAGUCAGAACUGCGAUAUGGUCAUCUGUAAAUUCAGCAAUCAGAAGAACCCCCACCAGGUGUCCCUGUACAAAUUAACCGGUCCUGAAGACGACCCUGCCCAUAGGUCAAAGGAAUUCUGGGCCACCAUUUUAGAUUCCGCAGGACCGCUCCCCGAUUAUAUCCCCCCCGAGAUCUUCUCUUUUGAGAGUUCUUCAGGAUUUGUACUUUAUGGGAUGAUAUAUAAACCUCAUAAUCUCCAACCUGGAAAGAAAUACCCGACAGUCCUUUUCAUCUAUGGAGGCCCUCAGGUGCAGCUGGUGAACAACCGCUUUAAAGGGGUGAAAUAUUUCCGCUUGAACACGCUGGCUUCCCUGGGUUACGUGGUGGUGGUGAUCGACAACAGGGGGUCCUGCCACCGGGGCCUGAAGUUUGAAGGGGCCUUUAAAUACAAGAUGGGGCAAAUUGAAAUCAAUGACCAAGUCGAAGGCUUGCAGUACUUGGCUUCCCGAUAUGAAUUCAUCGAUUUGGACCGGGUUGGUAUCCACGGCUGGUCUUAUGGAGGAUACCUUUCCCUCAUGGCAUUACUGCAGAAGUCGGACAUCUUCAAGGUGGCUGUCGCCGGGGCUCCAGUCACCUUGUGGCUCUUUUACGACACGGGGUACACCGAACGCUACAUGGGACACCCGGAUCAGAACGAGCAAGGGUAUUACCUGGGCUCUGUGGCUAUGCAAGCGAAUAAGUUUCCUUCAGAACCCAACCGGUUGUUGCUGCUUCACGGAUUCCUGGAUGAAAACGUGCACUUUGCACACUCAAGCAUACUGCUGAGCUUCCUGGUGAGGGCUGGGAAACCGUACGACCUGCAGAUCUAUCCUCAGGAGCGACACAGCAUCCGGGUUCCUGAAUCGGGAGAGCACUAUGAACUUCACCUGUUGUAUUACCUCCAGGAGAACCUGGGGUCCCGCAUGGCUACAUUGAAGGCGGUGCCGUGAU